GGUUCAGAAGGAUACUGGUUAUCCUGAUAUGCAUCCUGCGUCCCUCCAUGCUGGUACCUCUGUCCUUGAGGUCGGUCAUACGCCUGCACAAAAUGGGUUUGAGUGGGUUGCUGGGCGUGUGGCUUCUGAAUAUACCCUUCUAGCUUCCCGUUACGAGCUAAAAACUCUAACUCAUCCUUCAAGUGUUGGCAGUCCUCUGUAUUGUGACCAUAUACACGAUGGUAGUCACAAUGCUUGCUCUUAUCUGCCCUCGGGGAAUCAUGUAGCGGGGGUGGAGGCCUCCUAACCAAGUGCUGAAUUUGUGCCAGGAUUU